GAAAAACAAAUUGAAAAUGAUCACUUUUUUAUCUACCACUUUCUCCAUCAACAUGGUUAUGCUUCGAUCAACAGUUAAAUUUAAUUAACCUUCUAAAUCAUCACAAUGAUAAAGAUAAAAUCAUCAUAAUUUUCUUCGCAAUGGUUAGUCGCCAUUUUGUUUACUUCUCUCUCUGGAUUUUUUUUUCGUUCUCACUUUUUCAUUUGGUAAUGAUGAUGAUGGAAUUGGUUCCAUGGCCAAGGAAUUAGGUGAUAAUUGAACAUGAAUGAAAUUCAUCCAUUGGAUGAAUUUGAAGGCAGGUGAAUAUCAUGAGAUGUUCUCGGAAGCAGAUCAGUUGAACAUUUUCACUUUCUUUCCACAUCGGAUAAGUAACAAUUUCUCAUCAAAAUCAUCUAAAAAUUGUCUAAUCUCGUUUUCAUUCACCUUAACAAUUAACCUAAUUGUCUUAAUUAUUUACAUCUUCAAUCUUCCAAUCAUCUAAAUCUAAUAUUAUCAAUGCCACAUACGGGACAAGCUGGAAUCAAUCAAUUGGGUGGACUAUUUGUUAAUGGUCGUCCAUUACCAUUACAUGUUCGUCAACGGAUAAUUGAACUGGCCUUAAUGGGAGUAAGACCUUGUGAUAUUUCCCGACAAUUAUUGGUCUCCCAUGGAUGCGUUUCCAAGAUAUUGACUCGAUUUUAUGAAACUGGAUCAAUCAAACCAGGUUCAAUUGGAGGUUCUAAACCUAAACAUGUAACAACUCCAAAUAUUGUCAAGAAAAUAUUGAAGUUAAAGCAGGAAAAUCCCGCUCUCUUUGCAUGGGAGAUUCGGGAUUUACUUCGUCGUGAAAUUUUACAAUCAAGAUCUGGUGAUUCAAAUAGUUACAAUCAAGAUAUUAAUCUGAGUGUACCAUCAAUUUCAUCGAUUAAUCGUAUCAUCAGAACUGGAACUGAAAGUCGAGAAACUUAUGGUUCAAAUUCUGGAAACAAUGUUACCUUUACGGGUUCAAAUGGGACUGGAAUAAGUUCUGGAUGUGGUGUAAAUUCAUUUAAUCAUGUAAUCUCAUCUUCAUCUAAUUCAUUUGACUGGAAUUCAACUGUUGUUUCAUCUAAUAAACAUGUAACUAUGAAUACAGCAGCUUCUUCAUCAUCUUCAUCCUCAUCUUCAAUCUCAUCUUCAUCUUCGAUAUCACGAAUAGUUAAUGUUUCACCGGUUCGAUUAUCAUCAACUGAUUAUCAGCAUCUUUUGAAUGUUCAACAAGGAUCUGAGAGAGAAGGAGGAAGAGGAGGAGGAGGACAAGGAGACGGGAAUGGGAAUCAAGAUCAUGGUCAUGGUGGAACAGAGGUUAAAGGUAGUGAUUCUAAACGAGUAUGUGAAUUUAGAAAUUGUAGUUUUAAUCAACCAAAGAAACGGAGGAAAUUCACUUCAUUCAAUAUUGAUGAUAUACUCAAAAGUGAUGAUGAUCAAGUUGAUUAUUGUGUUGGGAACAUGAAUGUUGAACCGAUAACUGUGGCCGCAGCAGCAGCGGCAACAACAGCAACAACUUGGUUAGUUAAUCACUAUUAUCAAAUUCAUCCGAUUAACAGGGAAUCCAAUGAGAAUGUCCCAAUUACACCAACAUCUUUCUGGAAUCCAAAGUAAUUUAAACAUUGCAAUUAAACAUUAGGAAGGAUGAGGAAAAUCAGAAUUUAGAAUCUAGAGUGAAAUUUGUAAUUCUCCAUUUAUGUUAACUAUAUUACCUUUCCCAUCGUAAAUUGUGUACAUUAUGUUAAGUUCAAAAAUAAAAUCUUUUAAACUUA